GCGCCAGCAUCAUUAACUGGCUGCAGCAUGGCAUCAGCUGAAGCUUCUCUAGCAGCACUGUGAUACACCUGCAUGGGGACAGAAAUGAAUCAAAGCAGAUUUGCAAACGUAUAGAUUAUUGUGUUAAAUAAAAUAGAGAGAUUAAUGUGAGUCUGAAGAGAUACGGCAGUGCGGCAACGUGAAGUGCUCUUAGGUUUAAAGCCAGCCUCAUUUCUAAUCUGACAUGAAAGCAACAACUGGUCACAGCAAGUAGCUCUACCUUCCGAAAAUGUGUACCGCUCCUACUACUACGGUAGCCCAAGCUGCUGCUACUUCUUCUUGGUAGGCCUCAGAGACUGGUUUAUUUACUGCACGGGAAUGGACCAGCACCAUUUAGAGAGUGCCAGGACCAAAGUUGCUGGGAACCCAGUGUUACAAAAGCUUAUCAAAGAUUAUGCCAACUCAGUCUGGGAUGUUCUCCAUGCUAAACCCAUCGACCGGCAUAAGUUGGUAAAGGAGAUUGAGGCAUCUUCUGAGAAACUCUUAUCUCUGAUACAGGAAUCAGAAGAAUGUCAUUUUAUUCAAGACUAUACAACUGCAGUACUGGCUUGUUACAUUGCUUGCAUUGAAACCUCCAGUCUUGCCAGAUGUUUCAAAAAGCUCUUGGAACCAAUACCACAUGCCCUGUUGAUGGAAGAGAUAAGCUUUGUGUUUCUCAGUCAUUUGUCCUCUGACUCGCAUAUGACUUCUGCCACAAUGAGUAAAUUCGGUCAUUUAAUCGAGCAGUGUGCAGAAGUGCAGCCAUUGAUUGUUGAUUCCUACCCACAGGUCUGUAAUAUACUACACAAACACAUAAGUUUGGCCCUCAAUGUAAACACUACCUCUGACCUUCUCUAUUCAACUGUCAAGACCACACUGGUGCUGUUUCAACAUUUUCCUCAGCAAACCAAAUUACAUCUCAGUCUUCAAGUCAAUGACACAUCCUCACCACUCACUUCAUUGGUACAAAGCCUACUGGUAGUACUUGCAGAAUCGCACUGUAGUUCCGAAACCGUCCUGCUUGCAGGUACUGCCUAUUCCAUGAUGCUAAAUUCUCUGCCUUGUAAUCCUGUUACUAUCUGCAGUCUCUUCUGGAGUAGUUUGACCAUCUUAAAUCAGCACAAAAAAUUGUUAAACUGGGAGCAAAUCUUGAGAAACAGUGUAGACUUUGAGAAGAAGUCUCCUCACAUUGGUGCAAUUCGUAGCGACAAAUUUGGAUGUCUCUCUCUCGUCCGUGGUUUCAUUUCUUCUACUGAGAAUCCUUUUCUUUUGCUAGAGGAACACAUUGAGGGAACCAACAUGAAUGUUCCUCUAAUUAUGAGAUUGUUCUUUACAAUUUAUAAAAUGUGCAAAACCAUCUCACUAGACUACCACAGUUUCAACUUACUACACAUCUGGUACAGCAGGUAUUUGAGACUUCUUCCUGAACUCUAUAUUAAGAACUCUUCUGGUUUCUCCCAAGAAAAUCGAGAGAAACUUGAAAGCCAAUCUCUGGAGUUAAUAUGGUUGCAUUGGGACAGCCCAGUUGAAGGUGUGUCAGAGACUGUUUCCAAUAUAUUCCACAUCAUGUGUCAGAUUUGGCAUGUAGAGCGCAGUCUUGGCAGUCAGGAUGGUAAUGCCUUACCACAAAAACUGCUUCAGAGGUUGAUUACAUUACCUUGGUAUGUGAAAGGGAAAUAUAAGUUGAUGAGUUCUCUGCUUCAGUUUUUGGAAUAUAACAAUGCAUUCUCUAACCUGGAAGAAGUGAAAUCACAGUUGGUUAUGUGUAUGGCUACGAAUCAUCUGGUAACUUCUGCCAGCGAGGUUUACCGUGUUUACAUGACCAAACUUGCUCUAUGCAAAGAUACUGUGAGUAUCUGGGACCAAGACUGGAGAAACACACUUCUUGAUGGCCUUGCUAAUGAAGAUGAGCUGGUAAAACGUAAUAUCUGCCACUACUGGUUGCCGUCCACUCUGAAGUUCAUCCCUCAGUGUGGUCAACAUCUCAGCAUGUUGCUGACCGGAGCUUUGAGUCCUUCCAAACAUCCGCAGCUGGACCUUUGUCGUAAGCUGGAUCUCCAAUCAAAGUGGAGUCAUCCUGAACUACUACACAUUUGGAUUAUGGUCUCUCUGACAAUGAGAAAUCUCUCUGGUUCCAUUGAAUGGAAUGAAACUUUACUCCGUGAAGCUCUCUGUUCCGAAAGUGCUCCUUUGAGGCUAGAUGCACUCACUCUUCUCUGCAGCUCUGCAAAAAAAGCUGAAAUGCUUCAUUCUCUGGAGUCUAAACUGCUGAUGGAAGCUCUUCCUGUCAACUUGAAUAUUGAUUCAGCCCCAUUUCGACAGAAUCUGGUCUCAGCACUGAAGAAAUUGCUGAUUAGAAUCAGAGACAGUUGCUCCUCUUUGAUGAAAACUCAAAAUUUGAGCUCAAUUGAUCAUUCCAUUGAAUUUGUGGACUGGUUACACAGGUUGUGCACUGAAAACCUUGUCCCUGGUUCAAACUUCCAGCGACGCAAGAUGUGUUUGGAAAUACUGAAUGUCAUCUAUGAAGUAUUUGUUCUGCCUGAUCUUAGUUACAAAAGGAAAUCUUUUGUAGAUUCUUUGAAAAAAUUGAUUACUUUUGCUCAGCAAGAAAAAGAGUUAUGGGACUUUACAUCGUCAAUGUCAUUUGUGUCUAUAUUACUUUGUAUCUUAGAUGGCGCUGAUGAGGUAAGAGAACUUGCUGCAGAUGUAUUAGAGAAAUAUUUUGACUGGAGCCCUAAAUAUCUGUCAAGUUCAAAGAAAAAUCUUCCAGCCCACCUUCUAAGUGAAGCUCUUUGUUUGUGUAACAGUCCUCGGCAUCCAGAUUGUCUCAGUGGUAGUUUGCUUUGCAAGUUGGUCUUCUGCAAGGUUAUAGCUGACCAGAAGAGAUACUUCACAAUCCAUUCUGUUAGUCGUAUGUACGAAGUUGAGGAGACAACACCCUCUGAAUUGCCCAGUACUCUGUAUUUCAUGCGUUCCUUAUUGAAACAGAUAGAACUUGGACUCUCUGCUGCCACACAGAAUCCUGUGGUUGCAUCAAAAGAGAAAUCUCUUCAUGGUCUCAUUUGCUGUAUCGAAGAAUGUCUGCCCUACUGCAUCGAAUCUGUUGAAGAUAACGAGGUCAUUGCAUGGCAAUCAGUCCUAGAAUAUAUCAUCAAUUUAGCCAUCCGCAUCAUUAAUGUCGUCAUGUGCAUAUUAUCAGGUGGACAAGAUUCUACUGCAUGCCCUUCCUUUGCUGACAUAGCUGUGGCUCUGGAGAAUGUCAUUUGUGACAGCCAAGCCACUUACCAAGCGUCUGUGGUUCUAUCAAACGAAUACCAGUUUCUUCUUUCCUGGUGCUGGAUCAACCUCAAGGAAAGUUCUUCUCUCUUAGGCCAAAUUGUAAAUUUGGUGAACAAGAAUCAAAAGAGGAGCACUACCGUCACCAAAAACCUUACCCUAUCCUUCGAGGUGUAUCAGAAAAUUAGCAACACUUUUGUUAAAGUCCUCACCCAGUGUAGGCAUCGGGGUGCCAUUGAGAACUGCCGUUCAGGUUUUAUAGAUUUCUGUAUGACAUUGCUUUCUACUAAACACAGUGCCAGUUCUAUUCCUGAAAAAGUUCUGGUCCAAAUCCUAAAGAGUUUAAACAGUGGUGAACUGGAUGUAUCGAUAACCCGUCGGUCAGCAGGCCUCCCCAUCAUUGUUCAGUGUAUCUGCAUUAGUGAAAGGAAAACUAAAAAUGGACACCUCAUGACAUACUCUAUGAAGUCUCUGUUUGCCACAGCAUCUCAGCCAGUGCCAGUUGCAUCAACAUGUGAGAAGCGGGACCUGAACCAGGUUCAUGCUUUGAACAUCCUCAAAGUUCUGUUUGGAGACAAUAACCUUAACACUGGACUUCUUGCACACAUCAGUGAAGCUGUCAAGUUGGUCAUUGCUGGUUUUGAAUCCCCUUCCUGGGCCAUACGGAAUGCUUCAACUCAGUUGUUCAGUACGUUAAUGACGAGAAUGUUUGGUCAGAAAAAAAUUAAAGAUGGAUGUGUCUUAAAUACAAUGUCACUUGAAGAAUUGGCUGUUCACUUCCCAGAUCUUCUGCCAUUCCUUCUGUCAAAAUUGUCUCAGUCAAAGAAUGUUCAGAAAACCAUCCAUAUUCAGCCAUCUUUGUUUCCUGUUUUGACGCUCCUCUCCAAUGUAGGGGCCAGUGAAAAGAUCAAGGAUGACACUGUGAACCUAUGUGACCAGUUCAGCAUGCUGAUUGAGCCACUUAUUGAGAGCCGAGUCUAUCAGAUGCGAGAGCUUGCUGCUAGUGCAAUGGUUGCAGUAACUGCACCAUCUCAAAGGCACAAUAAAAUCAUCAUGCUCUUGCACCAGAUACCCAAUAUUCAGGAUCAGCACAAUAAAGUCCAUGGAAUAUUCAUAUUUGUAGAGAAACUCCUACAAGCUCAAAGUUGGAACAAAGAUGAUUUGAAGAGUAUUUUACAGAAGCUGAUUAACUUAGCUUUUCCACAAGAUUUUCCUCUGGAUCCACCAUCAUGUGGAUUAAUACAAGCUAGAUUAAUUCAAAUAAUCAAGAAUACAGUGUUGGCAACACCUGGUAUCGACUUUCUGGGUGACAACUGGAGUCAACUUUGCACCCAUCUGUGGCAACAAAUUGAAUCAACCACCAAGAAUAGUCCUACUAUUGGUUUCUCAAGCAUGUUAUCUGAGCAUGCUGAACUGCUGUUUCAUUGUACAACUGCAAGCUAUGUCGCCGGAGAAGCUGACAGUCUUAAGCCAGUUGUUGACUUGCUCCUCACUUCAAAAUGUUAUGAAGUACAAGAACGGUGCUGCCAGACCUUACACCAAUACCUGCAGUCCAAAAAACUCCCUGUAACAUUCUGGGAAAGUGUAAUGGAGCAGUUUAUUAGUCUGCAGUUAAAUGUCAGUCGAUACAGUCCAAUACAAAUCACGGUGCUUGACUUAUUCAAUGCCGUCUAUCUGAAAUGGUCUGACCACUUUGACAAUUACACCCACCUGCAUUUAAGGACUGAAGACAUUAACAUCAUACUCAACCAGCUGCGUGAGGAGUUGCUCUCUGUUGGUAUUGGUACGGCACUUCAGUCAACAAUCCUGCCAGCUCUGAGUAUCUGCACUAAACUGAUCUCCACUUCACCCUCCACCACAAAGUUUGAAGAGCUCUACCUCAUGUGGUCUAGUUAUCUGUUCCAACAAUUGGGAAAUGUUGAUAGUAAUCUACGCAUGGCACUCAGCCAGUCCUUAGCCAUUGCUGGUAAUGCUGUACUCUCCACAAUUAACCUCUUGGCCAAAAGUAUAUCCCCAGUAUCUCAAAAAGAAAUUUCAUACAAAAUCUUCCACACAGCUUUGUAUUUACUACAAGAUGACAUCAACGAAGUGAGAAACUGGGCUGCACAUUUUGUCCAUUCUUUACCCCUUUUAUCUUCACUAAAACAGUUUACUAGUCUCCAGAGUAAUAUUUGCUUGAAGUUACUCUUCCACCAUCUUGUCUGUCACUAUCCUAGUGCAGCAUGGGAUAUCCUUUACGAUCUUCUCUGCUAUAAUGAUGGAUCAGAAUGUGCUGCAUCUCUGGAAGCAAUGCUUUCAAGAAAGUUACAAAUAAGUUCAUGGCAACUAUUUGACCAAGAAGAUAAUAAUUGUUUUGCUGAGAAAAUGGUUGUGAAUCAAAUGGCACAUGCUGCUCUAGUUAAACUUUUAAGCAAUACAAAGCCAGUUAGCAAACGAGAACAGUAUCUGUCAACAUUGUGUACCAGUGUCCUUCACAAAGGAACCAUACUCUUUGAAUCAUUAUCAAAGAAUCUAAAAGAGAAGCCUUUGUUAAAUAUUAGCUGUGAUGUACAAGUGUUCCCAGUAAUCCAGGGGAUCUUCUUAGCCACUAACACCAUCAUGGAUUAUCUGUACAGACAUCCUGAAGCACAUAUUGAACAGAUUAACAAUCUCAAAAGCAUGUACGCCAAAUUGGAGAAGGUACGAAACCUCCAUCCAGUAAUUCAGAGUAUAAUGUUACAGGCAACAUAGACAUUCAACAUGAAAAGAUGACAUAACAAAAUUCAAAGUUCAUCACCUUUAUGCAUUCAAAGUAAAACUGAAAUAAAUUAAAACUUUUAGUAAGAAAAAUCAAACAAACAAACAAAAGCUAUAUUUCUUUGAUACUUUCUCCUCUUUAGUCACUGAACCAAGCCAUCUUACCCACUAACCAUAUCUCAAGCAAUUGUGAUUACGUCCAUAUUUUCAAAAAAACAUUUUUUUGCAAAAUUGAUGAAGUGAGGUUCAAUUUUUUUUCCAAAAACAAAUUUUACAAUUGUGAAAAUAAAUCUUGUUACUAUAGGAAUUUAUUAUUUUUUUUCUCCAAUUUAUAGCAUCUUAUUUUAUUUAUUACUUACAGUUUACAGUUCUGUAUUUUGCUAUAUUCAGCCUCUGAUAAAUGCUUGAGUUUCUACUGAAAUGAAAAAAUCUGUUUAUUUUGUUAAUUGUAAUGUUUUGAAAUUUUUACAACUUAAACUUCAUUCUCAAUGUGUAAACUAAAAAAAUUUGAUUUCGUUAUUUAAACCUCUUCUUAUAUCUAAAAUUUUUGUUUCCCAAAUUGUGUUUUUCAAAACUAUACAUAUCAAUGAAUGAUUGGCCAGUAUUUAAAUGUAUGUGUACAAAGUAUGACAUGUACCAAUGAUGAGAAAGAAGAAAUGUGCUCUGUAUAUUUCAAGGUUUUCAUAAUUCACAACAAGCAACACUUCACAAUUCCCAAUAGACAACAUCCCACGAUCUUUACCUGAAACUUACCACUCUACUAUCAAACUGAUAACACUUUACAAUAGACACUACACCACAGUCUGCUCUUGAUUUCACUCCACCAUCCACAACAAACACCAACCCAUAAUUCACAGUGGACACUACUCAACAAACUACUGAUAGCCAUCACCAUCCCACAACUAACACCACUUCUUAAUCGACCAAUGACACUGCUUCCCAUUCCUUAACAGACACACUCUCCGAUGCAUGACCAAUGCUCCUCUACAAUUCACAACUAACACUGCACUACAAUCCAAGCCUGACACCAUUACACAAUGGAUACUACAUCACCUUCUUCAACUGAUACAGCCCCUUAUCUAUAAUUACUCCACCCUACAACCCACAACUUACACCACUCCACAGCUGACUAGUGGCAACACUUUACAAUCCUUAACAGACACCACUCCCCCAAUCUUUAGCUGAAACUACCCUAGAUCUACAAUUGACACACCUCACUUCAGUUUUUUCCAAAAAGAAAUUUUACAACUGUGAAAAUAAACCUUGUUACUGCAGGAUUUUUUUCCCUCCAGUUUAUAAUGUCA